AUGUCAAAGGAAGAUGAAUCAAUAAAAAAUGAACUUCUCUUACAUUUUGAACUUAUUGGCCGGAUCGAGCUGCAUCCAUCCAUUUCCAAUAGACCAUUCCCCUCUUUGGCGAAAUCCCUUAUAGAAAACUACACAUUUCCACAAUUCAAGUUUCCAGAAGACUCUGUCCAUCAAUUUGUGAAGUCCAAUGACAUCAUUUGUUCGACAACUCUCAUCGAAUGUAUCGACGUUGUUUUAGACCCAAAACCACUUGUCAAGUCACAAACGAUGAUUUAUUGUUCAGCGCCCGAUGUGCACCAAAUUGUCUUGUCGCCGAGUUAUUAUUUCGAAGUGACAUUUGAACACGCCCCGAACUCAGUCAUUAGAAAUCCUAACGACUCAAGUUUUCAAGACGACGAAAGUGGUGUUAUGAAUGUUGUUGCUGUUGGUCUUGCAAGUUCUGGGUACAUUCCUGGACAAAUGCUUGGGUGGAACAAAAAGAGUAUUGGCCUUCACUCCGACGAUGGAAACUUAUUCAAAGACGGUGACAAUGAAACUGUAUGUGGAGCAACAACGUAUGGAGAAACUUUGGGGUGUGGAUACACUCCAAAGACGCACACCGCAUUUUUCACACGAUGUGGAAAACUUGUAAAAGAGACGGAAGUGUCUUUUACUGAUGUCCACUUAGCUUUGUCGAUUAAUAGUGUCGACGCUUUUCGAGUUAACAUCGGGAAGUCUCCCUUUGUUUUUGACUUGUUCGACUACAUCAACAAAAAGAAGUAG